AUGGUGUCAGCAAGCCCGGACAUUGAGACUAUCAACACACUCACAACAGUAGUGGCUUCCGUGAAACCCAAGCUAAUCGCCAGGCCGUUCAACUCCAAAAAACCCGCGCUUUGGUUCGCGCAGUUGGAAACGCAGUUUGCGGAUAUCGGAGUUAUCACCGAAAUAGAUAAGUACAACAAAACUGUACCACUAAUUGAUACAUUUUACGCGGCAGAAGUUGAAGAUUUAAUCAUCUGCAGACCUAGAGAGCAUUGGAGACCGCACUCCGUCAAAACAUCUCAGACACUUGAAAAGUCUCGUUCCAAGUAUCGACGAUGGGAUCCUCAAAACGGGUGGCUGUCUCAUCUUCCCGAGCAGACGCGUGCUACACUCACCACUCAGGAGAAUACUACCGUUGAAGACCUGGCGAAGUUGGCCGCCAGAAUGCCCGAGGUAUUCCACCUGAAUAGCGUCGCAGCCAUCACCACUUCAACAGACAACGCGAGUAACAAAGCACUCUUCGAGCCACUGGACCAACUGAUGGCAUCUGUUCCCGCGAUACCAAUGCAUGGCUCACAUUCUCGUCCACGUGAACGCUCUGAGAACUCACGCGGUCAGCGCAGCAACUCACGUAGACGCUCAAGCUCCAGGAAAUUAUCUAAGAAAUCCGACACCUGGUGGUAUCAUAUUGAAUACGGUAACAACGCGCGUGACUGCCAGCCCGGAUGUAAGAUUCAGCAUGUCGACCUAGCGCCGGAAAAACUCAAGAUCGCACAGGCUGAGUUCUCCAGUACGCUGAAACUAGGAACUGCAAGUAGAUCUGAAAACCCCUGGUCAUCUGCACUCCACCUAGCCUCGAAGAGCAACAAUGGAUAG